GGCCUCACGUUGCACAAAUGUGUCAAGCGCUCCGGAAUAGAUGACGGUGUAGCUACGUGACUGGGACAUAAUUAAAAAACAAAACUUAUAAUAUGGCCUGGCGAUCAAUUUGAUAUACUUUUAUUUUUUAGGCAUUGAAGCUGAAUCAAGCUUGCACCCGAAAAGUGUUCAAAGUAGACUCUAACAUCCAAUAAUCAGCCCUGAUUGAAUGAACACCCAUUCAUCAUCACCACAUGGAACCCGUUCCCUCUGUUGAACAUAUGAAGACCCUUACUGACCACUGUAGUUGGACAAAUUACUAUUAAUGUGUGACCAAAGUGCAGAGAUGCCUGGGGGGGACAGUGGUCCAGAUGGGGAGGAACCUGCAUUAACGUCAUCCACAGGAGAACACGGAGGGGAGGAGAGGAUUACUUCAGGGCAGCAGGACACAGGGGCGCAGUCCGAGGGCCUCAAUGGAGAGGAGAGCGGAGCUUCAGGUGGAGAAGUAGGGCAGGAAGAUGAGGAGAUGACUAGCGGUUCCCAUGACCUCUCAUCUUCGGCUAAUCACAGCCCUGGAAGCGCCACUGGAUCCACCUCAGUUUCAACCAAGAGCAGUGAGCAUGUAAAUGGUGGCAGAGGGCAGGCCCACAGAGAAGUGAUGAUCACUGUGGCUGAGAUGAAGAAGAGGCUCCCAUCAGAAAAAUGCAGUCGCAGCAAAGCCAGCACUGUGGAGGCCUUACAUUAUGCACUCAACUGUGUCAAACAAGUGCAAGCCAAUAGUGAAUACUAUAAAUUGCUGAUGAGAAAUGGCCAGGAUGAGAGGAGAGAUACCACUGUUUGCGCCCGGGAAGAGUUGGAAAGAGUCACCUCUGAACACACCCUUAAAAACACGGACUCCUUCGUGGUGGUUUUCUCCCUGUCAAGCGGCCGCGUGCUGUAUACGUCGGAGCAGGCUCCCAGCAUCCUGUGCUGCAAGAGGAAGUUACUGGAGUCAGCCAAGUUUGUGGAGCUCCUCUUCCACCAAGAUGUUAAUGUCUUCUACGCGCACACAGCUCAGCCGCACCUCCCACCCUGGAGCAACUCGCACAAAGCGGGGGUUCUGUUUGACUGUGCCCAGGUGAAGUCGUUCUUCUGCAGAAUCAGGGGCGGGAAGGACCGUGAGGGUGAGAUACGUUACAACCCAUUCAGGAUCACACCUUACCUGCUGAACGUGCAGGGAACAGGAAGCAGUGGGGAUGAGGAGGAGCCGUGCUGCCUAGCGCUGGCUGAACGCAUCAUCUCUGGAUAUGAAGCACCUCGGAUCCCCAUGGACAAGCGCAUCUUCACCACCACACACUCCCCUGGCUGUGUGUUUCUGGAAGUGGAUGACAGGGCUGUGCCGUUGCUAGGAUACCUUCCCCAGGAUCUGAUCGGCACGUCGAUGCUGACUUGCAUUCACCCAGAGGACCGGCCCCUCAUGCUGUCUAUGCACCGGAAAGUGUUGAAGUAUGCGGGCCAGCCUCCAUUUGAGCACUCUCCUGUGCGUCUGCGCUGUCAGAAUGGAGACUACAUCACCUUGGACACCAGCUGGUCCAGCUUCAUCAACCCAUGGAGCCGCAAGGUGGCCUUUAUCAUCGGACGGCAUAAAGUCAGGACGAGUCCGCUGAAUGAGGAUGUGUUCGCUGCAAGGACUAAGGAGGAUUUUCCAGUCACUCAUGAGGAAAUAAAAGAUCUGCAAGCAAAAAUCUAUAAGCUUUUCCUUCAGCCGGUCCACAACAAUGGUUCCAGUGGUUACGGCAGUUUGGGAAGUAACGGCUCUCACGAGCAUUACAUCAGCGUAGCUUCUUCAAGUGACAGCAAUGGGAACCUGUGGGAGGACUCACACCGGGAACCGAUGACUUUGCAGCAGAUCUGUGCUGAUGUGAACAGAGUGAAGAGUUGGGGCCAGCAGGCUUAUUUGGAUUCCAGCCACAAAAUUGCUCUUCUUGGCAAACCUGCCACAGCACGUGUGCCUCCCCCAGCCUCCAACCAUGAGGUUCGAGACCAUGAAGAAAGCAGGAAGCAAACGCACAUUCCCUCCUAUCAGCAAAUCAACUGUGUGGACAACAUCAUCAGAUAUUUGGAGAGCUGUACAGGUCCAGCCCUUAAGCGUAAGAGUGAAUCUCAUUCUCUACUCACCUCUUCUUCCUCAUCCUCUACCUCAGAAGAUGACAAGCCAGCUGGAGCCACUGACACUGCUCAAGCCAGCUCAGAUGUUGUGGUGUUGGACAGUGAGGUAUCAGUGGGCCCUACAGCUGCAGCUGUAGUGGGAACGCCUCUGACAGACAUCACAAUGUCCACCAAGGCCAUGAGUGUGGUCUCGGUCACCAGCCAGUGUUCGUACAGCAGCACCAUCGUACAUGUGCCGCAGCCUGAGUCAGAGGCCACGGCACUGGAGGAUGCACCAAUGGGCAGUGAGCCUGCUGAAGCUGCUCCCACCCCUGUCCGUCCUGCCCCAAGUCCUGCCACAGAGGAGCGAAGGUUUGUAGGUCUCACCAAGGAGGUGCUGUCAGCUCACACACAGAAGGAGGAGCAAGAGUAUGUGGAUCGCUUCCGCCAUCGCAUCCUUCAGAGCCCCUACAGCUCCUACCUUCAGCUGGAUAACAGCUCGGUGGCUCACUCCCACCACCCAGGUGAUUACCUACGUCCAUUAAGCGCUGGUGAUUGGAACCGCUCUCGGAGAGGAAAGCCCAGACACAAGCGUCCGAAACCCCAGGGUUCCUCAGACAGCUACGCCUCCCCACCUGGCCCCCCUCGCCGUGUCCCUGACUCUUCUUGGCCCUCCUCAGAGUCCUCCCAUCCUCAGAUGGGGGCACCCUACAGCCAAACAUCCCCACUCCAGGCGCCAUUCUUCCCUGUUAUGGCGACUCAGCCUGGCCCAGAGCAACUGCACAGACCACAACAGUUGCCCGGAGCAACUCCUGUAGUGUUGCAACCUCCAGACCAAACCCAUUCCAGCUACAACUUCAACAUCAUGCAGUCUGCCCAGAGCCUGCCAGGCAUGCAGCCAAUCCAGAUGGAGCCAUUUCAGAAUAUGCAGAAUAUGCAGAACUUUCACACCAUGCAGCCAAUGGCUCCAGUUCAGACCGUCAACCCUUACAUGGCUCCGGUCAUGGCUGUCAUCCUGCCCAACUACCCAACUUUCACUGCAGGUUACCCGUCCAUUUACCCACCGUCUUCUCCUUCCAUGCUGCCCCAGGUACCCAUCACCAUGACCGGCUUUGCCCCUGGCAGUGCACCCUUCCCGCAGUCUCAGUUCCAAGCCCAGUCUGGCCCCCACACUCUGACCUCCCCGGCCCUUCUGCUUUGCUCUCCCAGACCCAGCUCCUCUGUUGGGGAGGAAGAGGAGGCAGCUGGGCGUCGGGCUUUAUUCUCCAGCUCUCGCUCGAGCUCUCCGCUGCAGCUCAACCUGCUGCAGGAGGAGCUGCCCAAGCCGAGUGAAGGGCAGAGCAGCAUCGGGCAAAACCACGCCGAGAGCCCCCACGAAAAACAUGGCAACGAGGGUGUAGCCCCCAGCGAGUCUGGGAACCAUGAUACCCGGUCUACAUCCAGUGAGCUGCUUGACAUGCUGCUGCAGGAGGAUGCCAGGUCAGGGACCGGCUCCAACGCCUCGGGGUCAGGAUCAGGGGAGUCUGGAGGCUCACUGGGAUCUGGUUCUGGAUCUGGCUCCAAUGGAACCUCCACCUCUCUCACUGGCAGCAGCAACAGCAGCAAAUACUUUGCCAGCAAUGAUUCAUCAGACACAUCACGCAAAGCCCGCAAGAGCCAGGAGGCACCAGCAGAGCACCAACACAGCUUUGAUACUCGGGUGGAGAACUCGCUGUGGAGCAUGAUCCAGCACACACCUGAGCGAGUCAUGAUGACGUACCAGAUCCACACCAGGGACCAGAACGAGGUUUUGUCAGAGGACAGGGAGAAGCUUCAGGUGCUUCAGCCCCUCCAGCCCUGGUUCAGCCAGGAGCAGAGAGAGGAGCUGGCUGAGGUCCAUCCCUGGAUCCAGCAGCAUACUAUCCCACAGGAGAUAGAUACACAGGGUUGUGUGAGCUGCAGCUCAGGAGCGGGGGUCACCCACUCCCCUCACCCACCUGCCCCAGAUAGCUCAUCCCCUCUGGAGAGCCCUCAUCAGGACUCCAUUGGACCUGUGGCGGACACCUGAGAGACCUGGAACCCAAAACAAAAACCACCACCCUGUCCACAGCGUACCAGCCCCGCCAGAGACCCACCCAGAAAGUCCCACCAUACAUCAGUUCUGACCAGUCCAGGAGGAGUGGGUACCUAUGCUUAAGGUCCAAGUUUAACUUGUUUUGUAAAGGUAUCAGAAGCUGGAACUUGAGGAACGGAGGAGGCAAGAGAACGAUGGCAUUCAGUGGCAUUUUCUCUCAGUCAGGCUAAUGUGACUGCCUUUAUCGGACCAGGAAUAUUUUACCUCUCUUCUUUUUGUGUUUAUAGAGCCCCUGUUGGGGUUUACUUUGUGUUCAAGACUGACCAGAUCCUUUGCCACCAUGAGCCACCUCAUGCUUAAUAUAGGGAGAGGGUCCCAUGGUUCCCGAACAUGAGCACUGUGUACUCACACCCCGUGUGUUGAAUGGGUGUGACUGGGUGACAGGACAAAGACAGUGCUGGCCCAGUUUGAGGAUCAGAACACACGCCAGAAUCUUCUCCAGUGAAAUGGUGUGCAGGUUGUACUGUACCACGUGUGUGUGUGUGCCACAUCAACUCCUUCAGUGACACAGUACCUUACCAUGGAUGACACAUGGUAGAUUUUUUUUCCUUACGGACACUAAGACAAAGACACAUUUGCUGCUCUCUCUUUAUAAUGUUCAUAUUCGAAUCUUGUAAGUUAAUUGUUAUUGGAGUGUAUUCUCUUAUUCCAUAAGUUGGUUUUCCUCUUGUCCAGAGCAUCAGUUUUUAUGUUACUUUGACUCAAGAACAACAGCAAACAUGUUGAUCAUUUCACGUUGAAUUUAGUGCAACCAUGUAAAUCCACCCCAUUACUUCAAACGUCCUGUAGCCAGUCCUUUCUCCACCCAAUAUCCUGCCUGGUCAUCACCCUACAGUACCUGUAGCUUACCUCUAAUUGUAAACAGACACAGCGUGGCCCCAAAUUUCCUCUGAUCCUGGAUUUACUUACUGAAUGAAUUUCCUCUGAGUCUCCGUGUAGCUUUCUGUCUGUGUGAAAGAGAGAGACAGAGAGGAACAGACUAAACCGCUGUAGUUUGUACUGGAUUCAGAUUGUAGGUGAGCUUAUGAAUGUGUGUGUGUGUGUGUGUCUGUGUGUGUGUGUGUGUGUGUGUGUGUGUGUGUGUGUGUGUGUGUGUGUGUGUGUGUGUGUGUGUGCGUGCGCGUGCGCGCAAGUGUGUGUGUGCAAGUGUGUGCGCACUGACCGAUUGCGAGCUGCGUCCUUCAUCACAGUUGUCCAAGAGUGCCGGACAGACCAGGGUUUUCUACCGUUUUUAGAUCGAAAGUAUAUAUCAGUACCAUGUAUUUUAUAGAAAGUGUACACAAAACAAACUUCACAAAGUGUAUAAAAAGCCAUUUGUCUUGAUUUCAGGGACUGUUUGUUUGUGACACAAAGGAAUGAAUAAAUGAACUAUGACCUAAAGUGUGCUUGAGCUUAAUUGCCUAAUAAGCACGGUACACAAAAAAUAAGUAAUAGCUGUAGUUUUAUCUGCUAUCAUUUACUGAAGAAAACACGAAUGGAUGCAGUCAUACAGCUUUUAUACCCAUGAGUGCUAUCAGUAGGUGCAGACUCAACACAAAACAUUCAAGAACAUUUUUUUUUAACAAAAAAGUUAAUUAAAUUAAUUAAAAUUUAUGGUUAAA